CCGCCGGUACAGUACCCUUCCAUCGAUGAGAAGGAGGAUGACGAUAGCUUGCAUAAUCCGGACGGGGAGGAUGAUAGACACCUCGGCCUGAAGGAGUGUUUUGCUCAUUGCAGCUGGAGGUUUCUGCUCACUUUUAUGUGCUUCAUCUUGCUCAUGAUCGGACCAGCGGUGUUGUUUAUUGUCUGGCCAAUCGUCACUUAUGGGCACCUUGGGAGAGAUAAUUCGGAUAGGGAAGGCGAGGAGAUAUCGAAACACAAGCAUCCGAUAUUAGGUGCCGUGAGGACCUCGUUGAUCGAUCCGGACACCCCCAAGUACGCCAUGACACGGGACUCUGUCCUGGGCCAAGGCAAGCUCAAACUCGUCUUCAGCGACGAAUUCAACCAGGACGGCCGCACAUUCUACGAAGGCGACGACCAAUUCUGGCAAGCGGCCGACUUCCACUACGCUGCAACAAACGACCUGGAAUGGUACGACCCGGACGCCAUAACGACGGCCAACGGGACCCUGCAGAUCAAAAUGCAGGCCAUUCCCAACCACAAUUUGGAUUACCGUUCCGGAAUGUUGCAGAGCUGGAACAAGAUGUGCUUCAAGGGCGGAGUAAUGGAGGUCUCGGCAUCUCUUGCGGGACCUGCCGGUGUGCCCGGACUGUGGCCGGGGAUUUGGACGCUGGGGAACCUUGCACGCCCCGGCUACCGUGCGACGAGUGAUGGCGUCUGGCCUUAUUCUUACGAUCAGUGCGAUGCUGGAAUCACGCCGAAUCAGUCGAGCGCGGAUGGUUUGUCGUUCCUGCCGGGACAGCGACUCGCGAAAUGUGUGUGUACCGGUGAGGACCAUCCUACGCCAGGAAGGGGGAGAGGUGCGCCGGAGAUAGAUGCCUUGGAGGGAGCGGCGGAGUAUGAUAUGCGGGUCGGCGUCGUUACCCAGUCCAGUCAGGUGGCUCCAUUCGAUAUUUGGUACCGAGUCGACCAUAACUUCCUUGCCAUACGGGAUACCAAGAUCACUCAGUUGAACGGAUGGCGAGGUGGCCCGUACCAGCAGGCUAUAACAGGUGUCACAAUGCUCAACAACGACUGGUACGAUGAGUAUCAAAAGUAUGCAUUCGAGUACAUCCCCGGACAAGAAGAUGGAGCCAUUGCAUGGUUUGUUGGUGACGAUGAGACAUUCCGCAUGUCAGGCAAAGCAACGGGGCCUAACGGAAACAUCGGGCAGCGGGACAUCUCUCGCGAGCCGAUGUCAAUAAUAUUGAAUCUUGGGAUGAGCUCGUCGUGGACUUGGAUCGACUGGGCCACGCUUGGACUGGCCGAAGGAACGACGAUGUAUAUUGACUACGUUCGCAUCUACCAGAAGGAAGGAGAAGAGUCUAUUACUUGCGAUCCACCUGGGUAUGCUACGACUUCUUAUAUCAGGAAGCACCCGAAAGCGUAUCAAAAUUCCAACCUCACCACUUGGGAUGAUACGGGAUACCCGUGGCCAAAGAACGAGCUCAUGCACGGGUGUGAGUGA